AUGUCAUCUGCCACUGCUCCAGCAAACCCAAUAUCUCCUAUUUCAUACCCGCAGUCAUCGCCUCAGAGCAGCGCCGACGCUUUUUCAUCAAGGAUUCAACAGGCCAUUGAUCUACACUUUCAAACAUCGGAGACCAAUGCAGUCCUUCCUUUCGCAAAUGAUCCAAUUAUAGAUAGCGGGGAUACCACAGACGACAUCGAUCUAUCUUCUGACUGCAACUCAUCGCGCCAUGAAUCAUCAACGCGAUCAGAGACAGAGUCUGACUGGUCAGAUACAGAGGACAUAAGCCAAGAGAUCCUGGACGUUACAGAUCAAAUCAAUGAGACAGUAGAAGCCAGGAAAUGGUUGUCCUUUAUCGAUCACCAUCUUCACAAAAUAUUGCACGGACUAGCCCAAAUCGAGGGGGCCGCAGCGCAGGUGGCCAAAACCACGAAUUCCGUGUUUGUGUUUUCUGAGAACAUUUAUCAUCUCAAGGAACAGGUCAUGCUUUUCCACAUGUGCCAGCAGCACAAGGUAGAGGAGUCCUACGGAGAACAAGCGUUACUCAGGUCCAAAGUGAGAGAAUUGCAGGAGCUUUCGGAUGCCCAGGUGAACGGCAUUUCUAGCCACUACUGUCACAGCAUUUGUCGGCCACCAGAGGAAAUUAAUACCAGUAUAUGUCGGGCUGCAUUCAGGGGAUAA